AUGUGGCAGCACUUGCUUGUGGCGGCAGAUAGGUAUGAUCUCCUAAGGCUGAGGCUGAUCUGCGAACAGAAGUUGUGUACGUACAUCAACACGACUACAGCAGCAACGAUUCUUGCGCUAGCUGAGCGGCACCAUGGCCGAGGGCUCAAGGAUGCUUGCUUGGACUUUCUUAUCAGGACUCAUGCCAAUCUGCAGGAGCGGUGCUUUGGCGGCCUGGACCACCUAGCUAGCACCUGUCCUUUAGUCCUCAAAGAGCUCAUUGCCAAGCUUGUGUCACCUAAUAAGAAGGCUAGGAUUGAUGUCAACACAGCAUUCGUCGUUGUGCCGGCAUCUGAUAUGCACCAGCAUUUCACUCACUUCCUCCAGUCUGGUGGGGACACCGAUGUCGUAUUCGAGGUCAGCGGAGAGAAGCUACAUGCACACCGCUGCGUGCUUGCAGCCAGAUCUGCAGUCUUUAGGGCUGAGCUUUUUGGUCCCAUGAAGGAGGGCACGACCACCGGUGUCAUACGCAUAGAUGACAUGGAAGCAAAAGUGUUUAAGCUAUUGCUUACUUUCAUUUACAGCGACUCAAUGCCAGACAUUAACGAAGAGGAGGACAUGGAGGAGGAUGACGAUGACGUGGACGAUGUAGAAGUGAUGUGGCAGCACUUGCUUGUGGCGGCAGAUAGGUAUGAUCUCCAGAGGUUGAGGCUGAUGUGUGAAGACAAGUUGUGUGGGUACAUCAACGCGACCAGAGUGGCGAGCAUCCUUGAGCUAGCUAAGCAGCAUCAUUGCCGAGGACUGAAGGAUGCAUGCUUGGAUUUUCUGAACUUCCCUCCUAAUCUUCAACAAGUCAUGGUGGCCGGCGGCCUCAACCACCUGAGGAGUAGCUGUCCCUCUGUGCUGAUAGAUCUCAUUGCCAAGCUUGCAUACCUGAAGCUUGAUAACUGA